AUGCAAAUGAUCGCUUGUAGGAAUUUGCUUUCGACUGCUAUGGCCUCCUCUUUCCCUCGUCCAACGGUGGGAAGGAGGACAAUUUGCGCAUGGCCAGGGAUGAGGCAGUUGAGCAUCAGGAAGACUCUGUUGUAUGGAUUUGUGAGACUUUUUUCAAUGCCAUUCAAGACUUUGCGUGGAGUUAGUAGAGCUGUUGGGGUUAACCGUUUCUGUAGCAUUACCAAUAUGUCGUCCACCCUGCAAAUUGAAAUUGUACCAUGCCUUAGGGACAACUAUGCAUAUCUAUUGUAUGAUCUUGACACUGGAACUGUUGGAGUGGUUGAUCCUUCAGAAGCUAUACCUGUAAUAGAUGCAUUAGAGAGGAAAAAUUGGAAUUUGAAUUACAUAUUGAAUACUCAUCAUCAUUAUGAUCAUACUGGUGGCAAUGUGGAAUUGAAAGCAAGGUAUGGUGCAAAGGUGAUUGGAUCGGGAGUAGACCAGGAUAGAAUUCCUGGAAUUGAUAUUGCUUUGGGUGAUGGAGACAAAUGGAGGUUCGCUGGCCACGAGGUGCUCAUUAUGGAUACUCCUGGUCACACACGAGGUCAUAUUAGUUUCUACUUUCCUGGAUCGAAGUCCAUAUUCACAGGGGACACUUUAUUCAGUUUAUCCUGCGGCAAGCUUUUUGAAGGAACACCUGAUCAGAUGCUUUCUUCCUUGAGGAAGAUAACAUCACUCCCAGAUGAUACGAAUGUUUACUGCGGCCAUGAGUAUACACUGAGUAAUUCAAAGUUUGCUUUAUCAAUUGAACCUGGUAAUAAGGAAUUGCAGUCUUAUGCGGCUGAAGUCAUCAAUCUGAGGAACAAAGGCUUGCCAACAAUUCCAACAACUCUUGGGAAAGAGAAGAAGUGUAAUCCAUUCCUUCGGACUUCAAGCGCAGAAAUCCGUCAGUCAUUGAAUAUUCAACCUGAGGCAGACGCUGCUGUUCUCCUCGCUGCUGUUCUCCGGCAACCUCUUUGCUCUUCUUCCGACGCUGCUUAUUCUUCUCCGACGUUCUUGCAUUCUGCCGUUGCUUUUGUUGCUGUCCUUCUUCACCGCCGCUGCCUUUCUCUGCCGCUGCUGUUCUCCUCUGCUGCUGCUGCCUUUCUCUGUUGUAGUGCUGCUGCUGUUGCUAUUCCGCUGCUGCUAUUCACACUGCUCUUCAUCAGGCUUCUCAUACGACGCUGCUGCUCUUCAGACAACGACGCUGCUGCCUUUCUCUCCGACGUUCUGGUUGUUCGUCAGUCGGCUGCUGUUCCUUCGUCACCAUCACGGCCACUACAUCACUGCUGGUGCGAAGGUGCUGCUGCCCCUCAUGAUCUGAAGACUCCUACUUCAUCUCGCGUUACUACUGAUGCUCCUUAUGGGCAUCAAGUUUUUUGCUUUGUUGAUGGUACCAAUCCUUGUCCUUCUCUUGGUGAUCCUGACUAUAAUCAAUGGGUUCAGAUUGAUUCUCUCGUGCUCUCUUGGAUUCAGGCUACUUUCUCUCGUGAGAUUUUGCGCAAUAUUAUCACUCCGGGUACUUCUCUUACUGUGCAAUCUGCUUGGGACAAGAUUGAAAAGAUUUUUUGUGAUCAUGUUGAGUCUAAAAUCGUUCAUCUUCGUCAAGAAUUUUAUCAUUGUGAAAAGGGUGAUCUCUCUAUGUCUGCUUUCUUAGAUCGUCUGAAAGAAUUUUAUGAUUGUUUGGUCUCUAUCAGUGAUUUAAUAACCUAUCGUGAUGUUGUCAUGCAAGUUGUUAUGGGAUUGGGUCCUGAAUAUAAUGCAGCCACUUCUCAGAUUUGCGCUCAAAAGCCACUUCCGACUUUUGAUGAGUGUCGUUCGCGGCUUCUGCUUGAAGAAUCCAAAUUGGCGAAACAACAUCAGAGAGCCACGUUGGGUAUGGCUUCUUCUCAAGUCCUUGUUGCUGAGCCGGUUUCUUCGCCGAAUGUUGCGUCUAUUCCUUCUCAUGCUGCAUAUGAUGCAGCUCCUUUUCAGUCUUCUUCGUCAUCUGGAGGCCGACGUGGAGGUGGUCAUCGUGGAGGAGGUCGUCGUGGAGGUGGUCGUGCAGGAUGGCAGCAAUCGGGAUUUCGUCCGAAUCCUCCUGCUUCUUCGAUUCUUGGUGCGUCUCCCCCUUAUGGGAAUCCCGCGCCUGCACUUCCUCAAUUCCAGCAUUCUGUCCAAUGCUACAACUGCCGAGGUUAUAGCCAUGUUGCCCGGUUAUGCCCUUCUGUUGUUAUGAACGCAAGCCACUCUACUCCGCCGUUUACUGCAUAUCCGGCUUCCUCUCAAUCUGCUACUCCAUAG